CCCUUGACCGCAUUUUUUUAUUUGACCCCCGAGAAAUCAGCGGUCAGGAGUUCACAAGGAAUGAAAGAAUAAUUGUUGUUAUUUAUUUAACAAGGUAUACACGCAUGAACAAUUAUUCGCAUACAACACGGUAACGGAUAGCUGGUAUUCAAAGUUGCAUGCAUAUCCGUGCCAUCAGUCGACGGACGAAAGUUCAAUGGCAUCGCACCGAGUGCCGCAACUCUCGACUUGUUCAGGCGCACAACAGUCCCACACGUUUCAGUAUCGGUUCCGUUGUUGCAGCGUAAUAAUAACGAACUAGGCGUGAACGGCUACACGGCGAAUCGAUACUGUUAACUAUUCGUUUUAACACUAUUUCAAAACGAAUGCAAUGCAUUCGACCGACGCGAUCUACGUAAUUAUUCGACAGAUUGCACCGGUUGUUAGCAAAUAAACAUUUUCAACAUGGAUAACGAACUACUUAUUGAAUUAGUACGUCAACGGCCCGUACUCUAUAAUUUGUCGCAUGCAAGAUACAUGGACAACGCUUACAAGCUGCGCGUUUGGGAUGAAAUCGGAAAGAAGAUGAAUUUGGAAGCAUCAACAUGUAAAUUAAGAUGGAACAACAUACGCGACAAUUAUCGAAAAUCUUUGAUGAAAUCUGCCGCGAAAACGGGCAUAAAAAGUAAACAAAUAAAACAGUACAAAUAUUCCGAACAACUGGCAUUCUUGAAGGAAUUCAUCGAAGACAGAAGAGGCAAAGGAAAAAUGCAAAGGCAUGAAUACGAUAACGAAAACGAGUUGGGCGAGUACCAGGAAAAACACUCUGAUUUUUCUGAUUCGGAUUUAGGGGACCUCUGCGAUGAAUCAAACAUAAAAAUGGAAAUAGAAAAUAUACAGGGCGUCGAUGAACCCGAACAGAUCAAUAUCCCGUACGAUCUUAUCGAUGGCACCGAUAUAUUUGACCCUAUAAGCGACACGACCAUUCCAGAACCUAGCAUCCUGCAGGCAGGUAGUAUAAGGGAUCAUAACAGAAAAAGUGCACUGAAAUGGGGUGCCCAAAGGAGAGCCCUGAGAAGGCAGAUGAACCAAGAAGGAGCUCUAACAACCCUUGUUAAAUACUUAAUCAAUAAAAAUGAAGAUUUAAGUGCAACAUUAACACCACCAGAUCCUGUUGAUGCUUUCUUGGCUGGCAUUUCUCCGACGCUAAAGUGUUUGGACCAACAUAAUUUGCAUAUGGCAAAAUCCGAAAUAUUCGCAAUCGUUCAAAAAUAUGAGAUGAAAAUGGGUACAGCUAGUACCACAACCACCAGUACAUCUGGAGACAUUUAACACUGAU